AUAUAUAUAUACCUAUAUAUAUAAUAUACAUUUAUAUAUAAUAUACAUUAUACUCAACAACUUCCGAUGCAUUUUUCUUUCGAGGUUCUGAUAAGCAAACUACCUGUAUGAAUUCUGGAUCUGCGAGUAGUUUUGUCCUCGUUCUUUGAAGGAAGAAGAAGAAGAUUUUAGAGAGAGAGAGAGAAAGGAAAAGCUUGGAGUUUUGAUGGGAAAUGCGAACGGCAGAGAGGAAGGAGCCGACGGAGGAACCGACGAUGAUCAUGAUCAUCCAUCGGAAGGAGGAAGAUCGAACGGCGAAUUGAGCGCGCGUGGCGGCUACGCUCAUCGUGCAGGGCGCGUGGCGUCUUCCGAGUCCAUGGCGAAUAGCAGUCCUCCCGGGAGUCCCAGGCGCUCCGUAACGCCGAUCUUGUUCGCUUCUCAGGUUCCUGUAGCUCCAUUGCGAAGAGGCGAUGGACCUUCCUUUUUUCCUCAAACCUGGCACAGCGAAACGCGUGAACCUGAAGAUUGUCCUCCUGAUAAAGGGAUUCCCACUAUGAUUACAUGGAACUAUGGUGGUAACAAUGUGGCUGUAGAGGGAUCUUGGGACAACUGGACGUCUAGGAGAACAAUGCAGAGAUCUGGUAAGGAUUUCUCUAUUCUCUUGGUGCUGCCGGCUGGCAUAUAUCGUUACAAGCUCAUUGUUGAUGGUGAAUGGAGAUACAUCCCGGAACUUCCAUUUAUAGCUGAUGACAGAGGCCAUAUCUGUAAUCUUCUUGACGUUAAUGAUUACGUGCCAGAGAACCUCGAGAGUGUUGCUGAGUUUGAGGUUCCACCUUCCCCAGAAUCUAGCUACAGUCAAGUAUUUCCAGCUGAAGAAGAUUUUGCAAAGGACCCAGUACUUGUUCCGUCUCAGCUUCAUCUAACUGUUCUUGGCAUGGAAAACUCAAAUGAAGCUUCUUCCUCUUCUUCAUCUUCUUCCAAACCUCAACAUGUUGUACUUAACCACCUCUUCAUAGAGAAGGGAUGGCCCUCCCAGUCUGUGGUUGCCAUGGGACUAACUCAUAGGUUUCAGUCUAAGUAUGUCACAGUUGUCCUCUAUAAACCACUCAAAAAGUAGGUUUCUCACUUUUGUCAAGCCUCAACUCUGUAAAGAAAUCUGUUAGUACUGCUUUUUUUACUUACUCUGUGAAGUUAUAGUUGCUCAGAACCCACAACACUUAAAAGUCAUGUCAAAUGUUCUCUGUCUGUAAUGCUGCAACGUUCAUUUCAGUUAUUCUGCUUGUUGGAAUUUCUUUUUACUUUCUGCAAAUUGUGAAAAAGUAUUUAUGGGUCUACAUUUGCUAUUACUCUUGUUUUCUUUCUCUGGGUUCCGUUGAGAGCACUCAGCAUGGUCCCGGAGAUAUGAUUGCAGACAUAGCUUAACGGUAAAUCCACUAUCCUACCCUUUAUGUUGAGGUCCAAGUUUCUUCCACUCCGGCUCAAAAGAAAUGAUUUGAAGAGUCACGACGGUAUUAUUGAGCUACAGGUGGAAUUGCUGCAACAGCUGCAACCAUUCUCAGCGCCGCUUUUGGUGACAAUAUUAUGCUUUGUUUCAUUCAUUCAGUACAUUUUGAGAUAGUAUACUAUUUGGAACCUUUAUUGUGUUAUUCCUCUUAUUUUCUUCACCUCUAAAGAGAGGUUAACAUAAACCAAGCCCGACACCUUCUGGAAUCAAGUCGGUCCAUAAUAGUCAAGGAAAUUUUCUGUA